CAGGGUGACCGAUUUGGUGAAAUUGACAAAGCAUUGCCACAGAAUCUUGAAAUAAAGCAAGAAUAAACCGGUUUUCAAUCUCUUAUUUCGUUUUUUCGACUAGGUCAUCUCUUUAAACACAUGUUCAAGUUGUAAAGAACUGCAGGAAUGGCGUCCUUUUGCGCUGCCUCUGCUGCUGUAGAAGCUUCACAUGGUCAUUAUCGUAACCGAGUCCUCCAAAAGGAUCGCAGUUCCAGCACAGAAUCGUCUCAUUCUGAAGACCAUAAGCUCCUGAAAUCAAAAUCAGCUGGAUCCCAGGACCGAGAUGCAAGCCCUCAUGUAUUGCGACGUCAGCGCCGACUGGAGCAGCAACAAUCAGCCCAGAAACUCGCCAAAGAAUUCAACGAGAUUAAGUUGUCCAAUGAUGAAGCUGCAUUAAAUGCCGGUCUUGAAUCUGCAGGAAACCGCAUUGUGACUUUGACUGGGACAAUAACACGUGGACACAAAGCUGGUCAGCCUGUCGAGGUCCAAUUGAAAUUAACCGACAAUGAACUCCGCCGACUCAGCACUGUGAUAGAUAAGGAGGACAGUAAUCCAGAGUGUUUCUGGGGACCAAAAAAGGGCCUACAUAUUCUGAUCAUCUCCAUGUUAUUUAUUCCAUUCUCGCUAUUGUCUUCGACUGGCGUGGCAUUCUACAUGGGAACAGUCACCUGGUAUAAUCUCUAUUUAUAUUUUAGUGAAGAGAAAACAAUUUGGCACAAAAUCGCCAUUUGUCCUCUCCUGAUUAUUUUCUACCCAGUACUCAUUGUUGUGGUGUCCCUCAGUAUCGGAUUAUACUCCGCUGUGAUCCAAGUGUCGUGGUUCUGUAAAAGUUGGAAAAAAGAGAUCAGGGAUUUAGAAAAAGGAUUCUUUGGCUGGUUGUGCAAUAAGAUUAAUUUGUCGCAGUGUGCGCCGUAUGAGGUGGUGAUUUUGGAUGAGAAGAUGGAAGUGGUGCCAGUCGGGGAAGACGUGGAGAAACAAGGGAAAGACCCAGAUAAGGAUCAGUCGGGAAAGGUGGCACAGACCUCUGUCUGACUCUGAGAACUAGCUAACCUUCCGAGGACUGAUUUCCUUCACUAAAAGUGUACUUUGAUAUCUGGGUGGGUAAAGCUUAAGGUAUUCUUUUCCUGCCAUGCAAAUAGUCCAGGUCCAAUUAGAGUUAUCUUGGGCGAGGAGUUGACCUGAAUGCAACUUGCAUUUUAAAUCUAGUGAAGUUUUCAUACUGUAGGUUCAUACGUAUCUACAUCUACACGUCUUGAAGUACAAGCUUCAAAAUACCACCUAUCAGUCCUUGAAGGUCAGAAAUUAAUUUUGAUUAGGUGUAUUCGUACAUGGAUGUAGAUGCAUGCAUGAAGCCACACUAAAAUUGAGUGUUAAUGCUGUGGAAAUUUAUUGUUUACAUGUAUUCUGCAUCUAGUGUUGUCAAACAUUGUCCACAUGGUCACAAGUACACCCUCGGGACUGACAAAUAGCCCCUUAUCUAAUGCUCUGGUGAGUCUGGGACUGGAGAGAGGAUUGAUACUUUUUAAUCCUCUAUGACCGUAUGUUGUUUGUAACUAUCUAUAAGAUCUACUAUCAUGACUGCUGGGGACUUAUUCUAAAAAUGCAGCAUUUUGUUGUAUGGUACGAUUUUACAAUUAUAUAAGUUAUAGAUACAUGUACAUGUCAAUUGAUGCAUGUUUAUACGUACCUCACAAUGCGUAUCGUAGUUAGUAAUACCAACUAGUAUUCCAUGUACAGAAGAACCUCUCUAUAAAGGACACCCUCGGGACUUACAAGUGCUGUUUCUAAUAGAGAGGUGUCCUGAUCAGAGAGGUCAAAUUGAAUGGAAACAAUCACUUUGGGACCAAAACUAGUGUCCUUAAUAGAGAGGGUGUCCUCUGUAGAGAGGUGUCCGCUAUGGGAGGUUUCACUGUACUAGAAUUCACAAUGAAAAAAACACUGUUUCAGGCACUGUGAUAAUUUUGAUGGAUUUGUCCUAAUCCGUAAACCUACCCGAGAGAACAAAAAGUCGCCCAUUCACCUGCAGAUGGUCUUCAGUGUUUUGAUGUUGUUCAAUGUAAUUAGCCUAUCAAUCUUGUACGUCAUGUGUGGAAGCUGGCUUUGUCUAGCACUAGUUCAGCAGGCUUUUCAUCACCUGAACGUGUCUUUUGAAGCAUGAAAUCUAGAAUUGACCCGCAGGUGAAAUUGACUUGAGAUCGUUUUAUAUAACCCCUCCUCUCCCAAUUUUCAUCAUUUUCUUAUGAAAGUCUGGUGAGAAGCCUGGUUCAGUUGUUGCAGGUCUUUUAGAAAGUCUGUGGUGCCCUGUUGCAGAGGGAUGCUUUUAUCAGUCAGGUUUUCUACCAUCAGUAUUUCGUCCUUUCUGCUGUCUUGCCACUAUCUCGAAAGGCAUUCCGUUCCAAUGAAUCUCAAUUUCAGACUUUUAAGUUGAGGGGAGUCUAUAGGCAGGAACCAGUUAGGCCAGGUUAGUUACAGUAAUUCACUAAUAGGGGUCUCUCCAACCUGGCAGUACAUCAAAACUAGUCACACUUUAACGAGAAAUACAUUAGUGGAUCAAACAUCACUAUGGCUCCUAACUGUGCAUUGUAGCCUCCCAAAGAUGACCAAUUUGAAUCCAUAUACCUUCUGCCUAUAUAUAGCCCCCCUUUAAUUUUGGUUGCAAAAUCCAUGUCGUUGCAUGUAUACGUAUACAUAUUUUCUCUUUGUGAAGACAGAGCUGUUGGUUUAAGAAGCGAGGCUUUUUCAACGAAAGAACCAGUAAAAUAAAAGGUCAGUAAAUUCUCUGCUGAAGUUAAUAGCGUGGCUUCUAUAUAAGUCCAAGAACAAAAACUGUACAACCAUACAUGUAGCGAUCUACAUGUACCCUCUCCUAUCUAAGUGUUUUAGAAUGAUGACACUUCAACGGCUGCAAUACAUAGAUUUGAAUCUUGCAUUCACCCAAAGGGUUUAGUCAACCUGAUCAGAAUAAUUUGAUAACGAUUCCACGAAGAUGAAUCGAAUGAAAAUACGAGUGGGUGGCGAGACAAGAAACUCUAUCAGGAGAGCUUGUGCGGGUUGAAUACCAAGUGGGUUUACCAGGCUAGCCAACCAGGCCAGGAACUCUGGAGAACUAAAGGAAUUGGUGACAAACCGGAGAUAUUGAAUUUCUGAUCAAACGUUGAAACCUCUAGGCGUUGCACUCGUUUUUAAACGCUUGGGUUGAAUGCUUGAAAAUCUUGUCUCUUGUUAAUUCCUAAUUCUUUUAUGGCGCCCACUGAUAAUUGAUAUAAAUCCUUGCGAGAUUAAUGGGCUAUUGCAUGAUUCGAACACACCUCACCGAAAGUUAAUCCUCCUGAUAUGAAAAGUUGAGUUAUUGGGUUACACAACAAUGGUACAGUGGUCUAGAGCAAGUUUAGUGUGACGCGAAAUUUCUGGUAAAUGGCAUCAGAAAAUCAAAGUUUCCCAUUUUCCUGCUUUGAUGCCAAUAUUAUCUAUAGCAUUAGGCCAGUGGGAGGAUCGUCUCGUGUAACAGCCAGAAUCUCAUCAUGCUGCACGGAUCUAUCUAGCACUAAAUUCGCUCGCUCCACUACUGGUCAUUGCCAUAAACCUUGUUAAUACCUUGAGCUAAUUAGAGCUAAAUGCCAGUGUGUGUCCAGAAAUUUCUCUGUAGACGGAAGAAAAAUUAACCCUCCAAACCAAAUCUGCUCAAUAUCUAAAUUUUUUUAAAUUGUUGCACAAACAUUUUAACGUAGAAAUGAACUUCUAUUUCAUGUAUUUUGUGGUAUACAGUUUGUUAGACGUUUAUUUCUCAAUACCGGUGGAUAUAUUCUUCCACAACACUUGUUAAUUAGUAACUAAUUAAUGAGUUCCUGAGUGCUUCGUUAGUGUUGUCGAGUGUAAUCCUCCUGAGGCUUUUAUGAGAUAUUAUCAUUUCCAAAAAGGUGCAAAAGAAAAAAAAAUUCAUGUAUAUUGCGAGAUAGUUUUGUCUAGGGAAUUAGAUGCAUUAAAAACAUUGUUGGUAUCGAUUAUGAGGUAUUUUUAUGCUCGGUAUAUUGCAUUAUUGUGGGAUUCAGGUUUAUGCAUUAGACAUGUCAGAGAUUUUGUAGGUGUUCUUGAAUCGAGGUGCCUGCCAAUUGGUUGCAGGUUACUGGAACAAAAACGUUCAUCUACAAAUCUCAACGUGCCGUUAAACCAGUAUGCUCACACUUUAAACCAAGUCAUUUUUGUAUGUAGAAGACUACUUUUAUACAUUAGACAUUUUGCAGAUAAUUUGCAGCAUUUUUCGUAUACAGACUUGGGCUUCUAUGUAAGAAGCCCGUUGAUUUUUAGUAGCCAAAGGGUCAAUAUAAGUAUUUAUUUAUAUUUGUGUAAAACUGCCAUUUUUGUUCCAUGUACAUGUAACUUUAUGUGUUAACAAAUAAAAAACCAA